GAUGAACUGUUGCUAUUGACCAAAAUACUAUGAAGAGGAAAUUCUAAGUGUUGUUUGAAAACAUUGUGAGAGAAAGAGAUUUCACCGGUAAAACAUGAAGUGAAAGAGCUUUCAUCCAGUAACCAGCAGCAGGGGGAAGAUGUGUGGUAAUGUAAAGUGAUGGUAGGAUGAAGAACAGCUAUGGUGAUAAUACUGAAAGUCUAUGUAGAUGACCUUGACCAUCGAUGCAUUGAAGUUCCUGUGAGUCCUGAAACAACAUGCUCUGAUGUCGUAUCUUUGGCCCAGGAGCCUGGCGGAGGGGCUACAUACUGCCUUGUACAAAUAUGGAAAGGUCAAGAGCAAAUACUAAAAGAAGAUGAAAACAUCUAUGAGUUUCUCAAACAGUGGAAUGAUCAAGAUGACGAUAUCAAGUUUGUUCUUCGCCGUGUUUUACCUGGAAACUCAUUUGUCAGUGGUGUUUCAAAGGAGCAAGGAGCAGAUGGUAGAGGAAGAAGAUACCAGAACGAAAUGAGAGAUCCAGCAGGAAUUCCCAAUGGGUUGCCGGGUGGUGUUGAUCUGACGUUGAGUGAGCUGCAGGAUAUGGCGUCACGUCAACAACAGCAGAUUGAGCAUCAACAACAGGUCCUGGUUGCCAAGGAACAACGCCUUAAGUACCUCAAACAACAGGAGGCUCGUCACCAACAUAUUGCUGCUGAAAACGACAGACUCAAGAAACUGCGGGAAAAAGUGGAAAAUCAGGAAAUGAAGUUAAAAAAGUUACGAGCACUUCGAGGAGAGGCUGAAAAAUGUAAAAAUAAUAACGGAUCUAUAAAUUCAGAGUUGGAGAGUGUAAAGUCCCUGUUCAGUGAGAAGGAGAAAGAGCUAGUUAUGGCCGUCGCUAAAGUAGAGGAGUUGACACGUCAAUUAGAAGAAAUCAGACACGACAAGGAGUCAGUUAUCAAGACAAGUGGUCAAAAUACAGCCAAACUAGAACUGGACAAACUGAAAAAGGAACUAAUGAUGAGGAAUAAAUUAAACGAAGAGCAAAAUAGCAAACUGAAAAAUCACAGGGACAUGUUGAAACAACGAAAAGAGGAAAUAUCUAAAAUGGACAACAGAAUAAUGGAGUUACAACAGAGACUUAAAAGGAAACGUGCUCAGCAGGCUGAUCAGUCAAAAAAACAGAAUAAUCAGCCAUCAGACAACAACUCUGCAAACAAACAGACACGAAACAACGUGGCAGCAGUAGAACCCUAUGUACAAAUUGUGCCAAAAGACAAAUUAAAUGGAAAUGUGGAUUCUUCUUUUCAUAAAAUGGAUCCUAAAUAUCAGUCAUUACCUGUGAGUUCAAAGUUUGUGAUGAAUUCUUCUGAGGAUCUGUCCAAAAAGCCACAUAAAGUUGCUGAUAAUGUACAUGAACCUAACAAUAAUACAGUGAUUAAGGCACCAGACCAACUUAAAACACCAAAAAUGGAUUCGACAAAAUCUGUGCCGAAAGAAAAUGGGCAUACCCCGAUUGAAAAUGUUCAUAAGGAUACAAGCAAAAAGCAGACACCUCCUGCAUCACAAAGCCAGCAUUCAACCUCAGGACAGACUAAACAUCCUCCAUCAUCACUACCACAGUAUUCAAACUCAGGACAGACUAAACAGCCACCACCCAUUCCUGCCCGUGCAGGAACAACAAACCUAACAUAUUUCACAGCUAGGCCGUUCGGGUCAACAUACAGCACAUCAGUACUGAACAGGGGUCCAGGCGACCAACAGGGGGGCCCUACAAUUACAAUAGCAGAGGAUGUUCGCACUGGGGGCAGUGGUCAGAGUUCACCAGCCUCAAGUGAUAGUUCUCUGAAAGAAAACAGUGCUUAUGUGUCUGACCAUCCUUCUACAAAUCAUUCAGAGAAACGGACUUCAGUGCUAAAUGGUACAAACACUUAUAAUACAACUGUUAACAAUGGUGCUUCUUCACAUCAAGGUGGGCCAAACAAACACCCACCCCCCUACCCAGGGGGUUCUUUGCCCCCUAAUAAACCACAAGGUGCUCCCCCUCCCUAUCCCCAUGUGCAGCAGAAUGUGCGUUCCUACGAUCAAACUGAUUCCAUGAAGGACACAAAUAGCAAUAAUGGAUCUGAUUCUUCUCUCAAUAGUGAUCCAGGAAACAGUUCUAAACAACAACCCAAAUACAAAUAUGCCUCCAAAAAUGUGAUAGCAAAUACGUACAUGGGCAAACUAGGACCGGAGGCAUUGAAAAAGUACCAACAAAAUAUACAAAUGAUGUACACAAAUAUAUCAAAGAAAGAUGGUGUGAAAGUGAACAAAUCCAACGGGGACAACAAAUCACAUGAGGACUCAAAUCAGCAAUCUUCUUUACCAAACAGUGCUCACUCUUUAUCACCACCGUCUAGUUCAUCCUCCGAAUCACCACCAGUCAGCUCACCGAAGGGAAGCAAACCUGGUUCACCUCCAACUUCUCCACAAUAUCCCGACAUUGCUUCUGAUAAAGUAAGUCAUAACCGACACACACAUAAACAUGUAAACCUUCGCCGACGACACUCCGACAGUGAUAAUGAAGAUAUCACAAAAUUGCUUCACAAGUAUGUGGACCGUUACAAAAACCAAUCGGGCCAUACUCCUCAGGAGGCAGGGGAGGGGCGUCACAUUGGGGGAUACGACACUCAAGCCACAUCCUUUCAGGACCAAGUCCCUGAAGAUGUCCCUGUAGAUGGAAUGGGUAAUCUCAUUGAUAUUUCAGACAAGGGCAAACUGGUAGAUGGCUCAGAUGAGAGUAAAUCUCCAGUCAGUGUACAGGUUGUCACCUCUGAUGAACCUGUGCUUAGGAAAAAGACAAACCUGAAAAGCCGUAAUGCAAAAAAAUCUGGGAAUCGUGUGAGCUUUGAUCCUCUGGCUUUACUGCUGGACUCGUCACUAGAGGGAGAACUGGAGCUUGUCAAACGCUGUGCCAGUCAGGUGCGUGACGUGAGUGAGCCCAAUGACGAAGGAAUCACAGCUCUACACAAUGCUAUCUGUGCAGGUCACUAUGAGAUUGUUAAAUUCCUGGUGGAGUUUGGCUGUGAUGUCAACUCACCUGACAGUGAUGGCUGGACACCUCUCCAUUGUGCAGCCUCCUGUAACAACCUACCGAUGGUAAAAUUCCUUGUGGAGCACGGGGCUUGCAUCUUCGCUACCACCAUCAGUGACCAGGAGACUGCAGCAGAGAAGUGCGAGGAGGAAGAAGACGGCUUUGAUGGCUGCUCCGAGUACCUUUACAGUAUUCAGGAGAAACUGGGAAUCCUGAAUAAUGGAGCCACAUGGGCAGUGUUUGAUUAUGAGGCUGUGAACAGUGAUGAACUGAGCUUCAUCAUUGGGGACAAAAUCCUGAUCAUACGAAAGGGUGAUGAGAAAGAGAAGGAAUGGUGGUGGUCCAAGCUAGACAAGAAGGAAGGCUACAUACCAAGGAACUUACUAGGGUUAUAUCCUCGGGUGAUACCACAGGCAGGAGAAUCUGACAGCUGAGACCAAGAAACUCCAACAAAUGCAACGUGUUCACUAAGUGCUAUAUACAGAUAAUAGGGCCAACUGAAAGCAGAUUUUGACUGGGUGCAGUUCUCCAGAAAUUAUCUUCAAAAUGAUCCUCCUAAUGUUUUACUUCUGAAGAGAUCCCUAUCAAUCAAGCAAAGAAAAUUUCACACAACUUUUGUAUUACUAGUUCUCAUCGCGUGGCAUGGUUUCUUAUACAAAUUGUAUACAAUUAUCUUAGAAACUCUUGGCAUUUUACGCGAUAAUUUGACCUAACUGAACAAAUCUUCCAGAAAAUACAUAACAACAAUAGCGAUUUUUCCCUUUAAAACAAGUUGGUAGUUCACCGACAUGGUAUUGGAGGGACGCCAUUUCUGGACUGGAGACUGCAUCAAAAAUCUGGUUUCAAUUUUCUUUUCGAAAAACUUUCGACAGGUUUCAGUAGAUAGUCAUGUCUUGAAGGGUAUUUAUUCAUUUCCAUUAAGUUAUUGGAGUAAAAACAGUUAUGAUCGUGUGUGCAUCUGUGAGAAUGCAUAUGUGAAAUAGUGCAAUAUUUUCUAGAUGUUGUAAAUAUUGUAUAUAAAAGCAGUAGAUGAGUCAUAUUCAAUUUCAUUCCACUUCUAUAACUUGGUAUUUUUCUACUUUCAGUUUGAUCUAUAAUAUGUAUUUUGUUUAUCAAUUGAUUUAUGAAGACCCUCAAUAGUGUUGUGCUGAAGUUAUAUAUUUCAUUAUAGUACUUAUUCUGAAUCUCUGUUAACCAAAUACAUAUCCAGAAAAAUUGAUAUAUUUAACUAUACAAGAACAUUAAUUAAAGCAGCAUUACCUGAUUACAUAUUUACUAGAACCAUUGGCUGCAUGUUGCUAAUUAAGUAUUGCAGGAAACUCACAUUUACUUGUAAUAAUAGAUACAAGAAUGUUCUACUUACGACCAAUGGUUAACGAUAUCUAAACGAGUACGAACAUUUUAAUUCAAAUGAUUUAAAAGUUCAACAGAAAAGAUCAUUUUUGUAAGAUUUAAAAGUUCAACAGAAAAGAUCAUUUUUGUAAGAUUUAAAAGUUCAACAGAAAAGA